AUGUUCUUUCUUUAUCCCGCCAUGUUUUUUUCCAAUUCUUUUGUGCACAAUGUCUUCUUUGCUUUUAUCCAUCCAAACUUCAAUACAACUUCAUUUCUGUUCUUCAUUUCCUUCAAUCAUCGCUUAUUUACUUUCCACCCGUGUUCGUUUAUAUUUUUAUUUCUUUAUUAUUCUCUCUUAGCGCCUUCAAUUGAUUCUAAACACUCCAUUUUCAUUACUUCUUCAUUUCUUUUUCUCCUCUUAUUUUUCUUUAUCUCUUGCUUUCAUUCUUUCUUUUAUCUUUCAUUGCUUCUUCUUCUUCACUGUCCUGCUUUCAUUCUUCUUUCUUGUUCUACGCCUUUUAAUCAUGAUAAGCUCACUCGUACUUAUGCUGUCUUUGCCUUCCCACAAAACGCUCUCCAUGCUAUACGAAUGCUCCCAGCCUUGCAGCCCAUUGACAAAUUAACGUGGAAAGAUGCAAGAAAUUAA